UUUACCAUAUCUGCAGAUGGAAAUCAAAUUAAAACAGAAAAUUCAAAUAUGACUACAAUAAUGGAAUUUGUUCUUUUGGGUUUUUCUGAUAUGCCGAACCUCCAGUGGAUUCUUUUUGGAAUAUUUUUACUCAUAUAUUUGACUAUCCUGAUGUGCAACAGCAUCAUAAUACUAAUAACAAGAUUUGACCCUGCUCUCCAGAAACCCAUGUAUUUUUUUCUUGGCAAUUUUUCAUUUUUGGAAAUCUGUUAUGUAACGGUCACUAUCCCAAGGAUGCUCAUGGAUCUUUGGACUCAGAGAGGAAGUAUUUCUUUGUCCGCUUGUGCGGCACAAAUGUGUUUUGUGCUCAUGCUUGGUGGCACAGAAUGCCUUCUCCUGACAGUGAUGGCCUAUGACCGGUACGUAGCCAUUUGUAACCCCCUGCACUAUUCCCUGGUGAUGAACCACAAAGUCUGUAUUCAGCUGGUAGCGGCCUCUUGGAUCAGUGGAAUUCCAGUAGUAAUUGGGCAGACAUGCCAGAUUUUCUUUUUGCCCUUUUGUGGGUCUAACACAAUUAAUCACUUCUUUUGUGACAUUCCCCCGGUACUCAAGCUUGCUUGCGGGGACACCUUUGUGAAUGAGAUAGCCGUCUACGUAGUUGCAGUUGUGUUUAUCAUGGUUCCAUUUCUGUUGAUUGUUGUCUCCUACAGCAAAAUCAUCUCCAACAUUCUCAAAUUGUCAUCAGCCAAAGGGCGCUCUAAAGCCUUCUCCACCUGCUCGUCUCACCUGACAGUUGUGGUUUUAUUCUAUGGAACAGCUACUAUCACUUAUUUACAACCCAAACCAAAUCAAUUUGGAAGAAUGGGGAAACUGAUUUCUCUUUUCUAUACUGUUUUAAUCCCAACUUUAAAUCCUAUUAUCUAUACUCUGAGGAACAAAGAUAUCAUGGUGGCACUGAGAAAACUACUAGGUAAGUUAUUUACAUGA